UCCUUUUUCUUUCGUUUUCAAUUUUUCUAUUGAUGCAGCAUUCUUCGAAUCAGACAACAACGACAACCAUAGAAGUCUUGAAAGAAGCAUUUCCUGAGAUUGAUGCUGCUGUAAUAGAGGAUAUAGUUUGGUCUACAGAUAAAGAUGACCUAAGUGAUGUGUUGGACUUGCUUUUAAGUAUGAGUCAAGAACAACACACCAUUACCACUGGCUUCAAUCAAUCUAUACAUCAGCAAAGCAGUAUACCCACAUCGAGAUCGUUACCACAUACUCCUAUUAUUGACAACCGCGAUCGUAGGGCUAUCGUACAGACAGUACGAACUCUACCCCACAAAGGAAUUGAUAACCACAUGGCAGGAUCCGUCUCUACUAAUCCUUUUACGAACGGCAAGCCGUUGACAGUACGAGAAGAAUUGAUUCGGUGGCGCCAAGAACUUCAACGAGAAAGCAUAGCACAACAACGAAGGCCAACAAUGAACGCAAUUAGAACUACUGUGUCUACUCCAGCUAUAGUCAGUAGAAAUAACUAUCAAAACGACGACAAUACUCUCACCCUCAAUAACAGCCUUCAUCACCCAACAGAACCAUUAAGAAGACGACCAUUACCUGAUUUGCCACCAAGAAGUCAAAACCAGUCGAUUCCCCAGCACGAGCUCAAGAGACGGCAACAUCUAAGAUAUCAUACAGAGCAAGCGCAGCAGUCUUCAUUUAACGUCACCGACGACAGGUACUCGUCAAGAAAUCCAUUUGAAGAAUCUGAUAUACCGCCCCCUGCUUACAAUAUAAAAUCAAUUAUGCACAGGUCAUGGUUUAUUUUGGCAGCCAUCUACUUUAGGCUUUCCUUUUUUUCAUUAUUUAGCGUGUUCUAGUGUAAUUGUGAUUGAGUACACAGAGGCUCGAGUACAACACGGAUAUUAGACGUACUAAUACUGCAGUUCAGCUUUUUUUUUUUGGAUGAGCAAAUUGCAUUUGCGUAACCGAUUAUAUUUGCCACGUUUUUCGUUUUGGUUUUCAUACAGAUAUUUGAUGUGUGGGCUGAUUAUGUAGAGUUUAUUGUGACAGAUCUGUCAUACAUGAUUCUGCUUCUUUGACAUUAUAAACAACAAUGUAGAGAGGCUUUUCUUUUUCCUGCUUCUUCUUUUUAACUGCUCGAGAACUUCAUAUUUCUAACUUUGACGAAUCGCACACAACCAAAGCAAAAAAAAAAAUAAAAAAGCAUGCCUGCAAUUGUUAAGACGUGCGAAAAUAAUAAUGUAC